AGCUUUUAUCCUCAGAACAUCUACCUAAAGGCAAGGCACACGGUUGGCGGGUCUGAAAGCACAUGUGUAAGAUCACACUGUGGUGUAUGUAUUCAAGACAAGCUUUUACGAGAACACACCCACCUAAGAGGAAUGUAAUAUACUCUAUGAUAAAUGUGCACUCUGGUUUAUGGUCAUUUCAUGAAUGGUGCGUGUCUGUUUGAAGGUCGUGGAUUAGUAUUUGAAAAUACACUGUGAGUUGACCUAACUCCAUAGUGUAUGCAUUUGAGUGUCAAAUCAAAAUCAUUAUCUGCACUGUUGCAUAUUUGUCAUCACAUGAAUAAGAAAACUCAGCAUCUCAUGCCUUAAAAAUCGUGCAUCCGCCUAACCAUGGAAAUCUAUCUAAGUGAAGUACAUUAAAAAAUGUCUUUGAUCACCAGAAUUAAGUCAAAUCCUCAAGAAGUUUACCAAAGAAGAGCACUAUGGUGGUCUUCCUGUCUCUCAUACUGCCCCUGCUGCCAGCCCUGGGUAUUGCAGGGGAGGUGAAGAACUGCCACCCAAAAUGCCGGUGUGAGGUGGAGAGCUACGGCCUGUUCGACAGCUUCAGCCUGACCAAGGUGGAUUGCCGUGGGAUUGGGUCAGGCACAACUCCAGUCCCCAUCCCGCUUGACACCUCCCACCUGGAUCUGUCCAGCAACUCCAUCAGCUCCGUUACCGACUCCAUGCUCUCGGGGCCUGGCUACACCACCCUGGUCAGCCUGGACCUUAGCAAUAACCACAUAGCUCAAGUCAGUCCAAAAGCCUUUGCCAAACUCCGCUACCUGGAAACUCUUGAUCUGAGCCACAAUGCCCUGGAGAGCCUGGGUGGUGGAAGCUUCUCCGGCCUGCCUUUGACUGAUGUGGACCUCAGUAACAACAUGUUCCAGGACUUCAACCUAGAUCUCUUCAACACCAGAGGCCCCGAAACUCCUAUCAGUGUUGACCUCUCAAAUAACCUUCUCUCCACAGUCUCCAGAAAUCCACAAGGCCACGCUGUGCAUAUCAAGAGCCUGACGCUAGCAGGCAAUAGGCUUAGGGUAGUGCCCACACUCACAGGAGUGCCCCUGCAGUACCUGAGCCUGGAUGGAAACCCCAUCACCAGCAUUGAGGACGGGGCCUUUGAAAAAAUGAAUGAUCUUAUUUAUCUCUCUCUCAGCAGCUUGCCUGAGCUGACUAGCAUACAGCCAGGCAGCUUCAGAAGCCUGAGAAACCUGCAAGUCCUGGACCUGUCGUACAACAGUCGGCUCAAGGGUCUGAGCCCAGAUGUGUUUAAUGGACUGACCUCUUUACAGGAACUCAAUCUGUCCAAGUCUGUGGCUGGCCCUUUGCCUGUGGCCACCUUCGACCACAUGCCGAGUUUAAAAAGUGUGACUCUGGGGCCGAAUAUGCAUUGCUGGAAGACCCAUAAGCAAGGACAAUUUCACAGACAGAUAGGACAGGCAAAAGCAAACGAUAUUCUAACAUGUGAUGUUGAUGGACUUAUUUCAUAAAACAAAUACCUGAGGGGAAAAACGCUGCAAAGUGCAUUAUUUUAAUGUUCCUGUGCCUUAUUUCUCAGAGGCCAAGACCUAUUAUAUCUUGCAAAGCUGAGCUUUAGUACUUCUUCACUGUCAAUCAAUAUGCCAUUAUUUUUGCACAAGAAGGCAACCAAGGUUCAUUUCCAAUAUAUUCUCAUAUUAAAAGUUCUCAUGCACUUUAAGUUGUAUAGGUCUUUUUCAGUACUGCAUUUGUUUUAUUUUUAAGGGACAGGGUAGGUUGGUUGGCUGUACAUUCUCUGCUACACAGACACCAUAGAUGUGACCCAGGCCACACAAGAACCACCUAAAACUUUAAAACCAAAGUCAAAGGGUUUGGAUUGAAUGUUCUGGAUAUUGAGAUGCCAAGCGCAUAUUUCACCUGUAUGGUUUUUUGCUCCUAAAGCAAACAGGGUUUGGGGCUGAUGGAACAGAGAGAGCGAAGUGUUUUUGUAAAUGUUUGCUCCCGAGACUUUAUGAAAGCAUGGACCCAACCCAAUACUACCAUCAUACACUCGGGUUUCAUUUCUGUUCAGACAGGACAGUAGGUGCCCCGAAAUUAACUAAUACAUUGCAAAAAAAUAAUAGGAACAAUUAAUCAUUCUUAUUAAUUCAGUUAAAUAAAAUGUAAAUAAUUGUAAUCAUCCUUGAACUAAUGGAACUGGUGAUAUCCAGAAGCGCCUGUUUUAGGUGACAAACAUUUCCCAUUCAGGCUGAAAACUUCUUACAGCCAUAGCUUUAUAAAAAUGUAGUCCUUCAUUAUCAUUCUAAUUUACAUAACAAAUAUUCAAAAUAUGCAGAAAAGAGCCAGAAAAGAGCCAGAUUCUGAACCAUGUUUCUAACAUUUUCAAUCACAUCCGGAACAGGAUUGUAUUAUUUAUUAUUUACACCUUUAUUAUUUAAUCAAAUUUAGCCAAAUAACCAUUACAUUAUAGCCCACUUAAUUUUUUAUUUCUCUUACCUGUUUCAAGAUUUCCAUUGCACUCACUGUGUUUUGCACUUUUUGGUCAUAAAGUGAGCCAAGAUUGUUUGAAUCUUUAGUUUGAAAAGGAUUUAUAAUUGUUUGUUGUUUAUACUUGUCUGUAGAAUUGUAUAUAUUUGUACAAAUGUGUCUGUUUAAUGAAUACUAUAAAUGGAAUCAAUCUUUACACAUA